GUUUUAUAUUCUACUAAGAAACUGCCAAUCUCCCUCCCAACUUCUGAAAAUAUCGCCUUGAAUCUAUAAGUGAAUACGGCGUUGCGGAAAUUUCAGUUCUUACAAAACAUCUUCUCCACAGAGCAGUCUCAUCCUACAACGUUGUUACAUAAAUUGCGCUUACCAUUAAAUGAACACUCAGCCUUACUUCCGGUCCAUAUAUGUCCACAAGCUUGUAAACAGCCAUGGAUGAAGACUACAUCGAAUCUGGCGAGCCGAUCUAUGAGCUCGCGAGCGAUUGUGAAAAAUUGUUUUCUAAACACGUCUCAAAACUAAAAGAUGAGGCCGAUUUUAAUGGAUCAAAGGUUGUUGGGGAAUACCAACAACAGUUUUCAGCAUGGGCGGCCUUUUUAGGCGUAUUCGCUGUUCCAGAGAUGUGCCUUGACCGCAGACUUCAGCGGCAUGUCCCGGCCUUGGAUGGAGGUACAUUGCCUCAACCUCAGCUUCACAUCAGCAUAGAAAGUCUAGGAGGGAUCAAAGGGGCUAUCGAACGUCUCCAUCAUCUCGGAAGUACCAUUCAACUAUCGUCAGAGGUAAGCCAAGCAACGAGAUUAGGGAAAUUCGCAGCAAAGUUUGACUCCACUUCAUUUGAACAAGUUGCACACCUGGCCAUUAUUUCAUUUUAUCCGGACGCAAGCCCAUCUCUAAUGGAGCACCUCGCCCGCGCAAUGACGGAAAUGUAUCAAAAGUUUCACUAUAAUCAAUCUCGUCACAUGAGGCUUCAACCUCGGUCUCAAUUGCAAUUGUCUACCAUAAAUGAAGAGCCAAUUUCACAGAUAAAGGAGGACACAUGGAAAGUUGAUUCAUCACCAGCUCCUCCUCCUCCAAUAAAUGAUACAUAUAAAAGGUUGGCUCGACCAAGAGUUUUAUCACAUUUAGUUGCCAGAUCUCAUCAGUCAAAGGAUUCUACGCCCACGUCUCUUGACAGUCAAGAGUUCAAGAAGCUGUUUCAGCAGCGAAAAGACGGCUCUGUAAUGACUAAGACCAGAUCUAUUGCAGCUAACCUGGUCGCCUAUCCUCAGCCAUCAGACGAGAGUUUGGUUUGUGAUUGGUGCUUUUCACCUCUCGCUGAGGACGAGUUUAAAGGAGACAAAUGGAAGAAGCAUUUAAACGAAGACUUUAAACCAUUUCUCUGUCUCUCAGAGAAGUGCAGUAAACCAUUGCAGAGAUUCGCGACUUCAAAAGCCUGGUUCAGCCACAUGCUUGAAACCCAUGGUCACAAUUGGCAUCGAGAAGUGCAUUUGCCGGCAUGGUGGAUUUGUCCCUUAUGCAACGACCAAGAGACAACAUAUUCCAAAGCACAAGACCUCUCUAAACACAUAUCUAAGCUCCAUGGAGACGUUUUUUCCGAGCAACAGGUUCAGGUCAUUGUGCACCAGAGCCGACUCCGGGCCCCCCGACCACAAGAUGUCUGUCCCCUAUGCUGCCUCUCCAUGAAAGAUGGACAAGACCCCGAUGAAGAUGAUCAGCAAACAACACUAGAUCCUCAAACUCCAUCCUUCCAAAGCCAAGGGCUAUUAAACGCUAGAAUAGUUGCAAGACAUGUGGCUGCACAUCUUCAAGGAUUAAUGCUCUUCUCUCUUCGUAUGAUGGCCCUAGAUGCUGUCGCACACAAGUCAACAGAAGAUACGGCUUUGUCUGGCGAUACCGACGAUGAUUUAUCCCGCCUUGGCUCAAAUCAACAAUACUCUCUCCCUCAGACUCAGGAGAUGGAGGAUAUUAAUGAUUUGUUGGUACAAGAUGAAAGCAUGGAUGUUGAUGACCUUUCGUUGGAAGAUGCCAUUCCGGACUGCGAGCAUGACAUGAAUUGGCAAGACUUG